AUGACGAUAAACUACAACUUAGCGGUGUCCACCUCAAAGCCGUGGACACUGUUCAAGUUGCUCUUGAAAUGGCGUGGAAGUAUUUGGAAGGCGGUGGUGUUGGAGUUGGCGGUCUGGCUGGUACUUUAUGGAAUACUCAGUGUCAUCUACAGAACUGCGUUGAAUCCGGGGCAACAGAGAACAUUCGAGCGAAUAGUGCAGUACUGUGAUAGUCGAUUAUCAUACAUUCCACUCAACUUCAUGUUGGGUUUCUUCGUGACAGCAGUCGUCAACAGAUGGACUUAUCUCUAUCAGAUUAUUGGUUUCAUUGAUAACAUCGGUCUAAUGGCUGCCGAAUACGUGCGUGGGCGAACCGAACAAGCUCGUAUGUACCGUCGUAACAUCGUACGGUACUGCGAGUUGGCUCAAGUUCUCGUCUUCCGUGACAUCAGUAUGCGUACCCGACGACGAUUCCCUACUCUGGAUACGGUAGUUGCGGCAGGAUUCAUGAUGCCUCACGAGAAAGAGAGAUAUGACGAGAUACAGUACAAGUACUCGAAGUAUUGGGUUCCAUUCCAAUGGGCGUUCAGUUUGACGUAUGAGGCCAGGAAGAAGGGAUUGAUUGAAAGUGAUUAUUAUCAAGUCGUGGUUCAAGAUGAGAUCAAAAAGUUCCGGACGGGUCUCGCAUGGAUUUGUAAUUACGAUUGGGUGCCGAUCCCAAUUAUGUACCCACAACUGGUCUGCUUGGCUGUUCAUACUUAUUUCCUGGUGUGCUUACUGGCGAGACAGUAUAUUGUGUCGGAACACGCUGAUAAUAAAACUGAGAUCGACCUCUAUUUCCCCAUAAUGUCAACCCUUCAAUUCAUCUUCUACAUGGGAUGGAUGAAAGUCGCCGAGGCGAUGCUCAACCCAUUCGGAGAAGACGACGACGAUUUCGAGUGUAACGCUCUUAUCGAUCGAAACAUCACCAUGGUCCUGAUGAUGGUAGAUCAAGGAUACGAUCGUGCUCCAGACCUUAAGCGUGACGACUUCUGGGAUGAAGAAGUCGAACCGUUGUACUCCGAGGCGACUGCGAAGAUUCCGAAUAAUCCAUUGAAGGGAUCAGUGUCGGAUGUGAAACUUCCCGAAUACGUCCAUGAGAUCAAAAUGGUUCCCCAUUGUGAUGACACGUCACCACUUGUGCCAGGAGACGAUUUGAGAAGAAGACGGGUGUCCGUGGUGCCCGUAAAACCAUCCGACCAGCAACACCAUCACCAUGGCCAUCGGACACGCACCUCGUUGGGCAAUAUUGAAAUGUUCCGCAGUUUUAAGAACAAAAUCGAGAGAUCAUUCUCGAAACCCCAUUUACACGACGAUCUCGGCAGGAAGACGUUCUCUCACGGAAUGCUGGAAAAUAUGGAGUUUGACGGGUCGAAGAGUGAAGUCGGCUCCCCGCCCAACAACAACUCAUUCACCAAUUCCGCAUUCGUAAAUUCCGGAGAAGACAUCUCCGCCAAACGAAUGGACACCUCAUCCAGUCAACCAGUACUGUCUACCGGGAAACGUGGAAGCGAGCAUCCAUUCCAGCAUCACGUGUUGGAUGACGUGCUAGAAGACGAUGAAUCAGAUGAGAAUCAACUAACGAUUCGGAAGAAGACGUCGGUGUUGGAGCCAGCGAUUACUUUGGUUGAGAGAUUUAAUGAGACGACUGGGCAGUUGGAAAUGAAGAAAUUGGAAGAGGAUGAGAUGCCGAAAGUUGAGGAGAAAGAGGAGAAAGAGGAAGAAAAGAAGGAGGAAGAGAAGAGAGAGACUGUCAGCCGACCGUCCCCAACGACCCGCCCAUUUUUCAUCGGAAUCGUUCGUUCUGAAUCUGAAGACCAAAGCCACCCACACCUCCGACCGCCGACUAAAUUUGAAUAG